AUGCGCGGGAGUGGUGAUGCCGCGGAAAUGGGGGAGGAGGGUUGUGAGGUAGAGACAGCGAAUGGCGUUGUAACGGGCGGUGGUGGUAACAAGGGCUUCGAGAACAUCGUUAAACGAGAUCCACGCACUCUGCUUGAGAAGCUUGAUACGCCGACGUUGGUGGCGCCAGAGCUCGCGCCCGGCCCUAAGAACCGGCUAGACGCGUACCUCACGGCGCUGGAUAAGCUAUUGGACGCGCUGCGGUUCUUCGAGGCGCACAGCUAUCUGGGCAGCUGCCGCACCGAGCUGCGGCAGGGGAGGGGGUUGAUGGACGAUGCGGUGGGGCGACUGAAAGAGGAGUUCGGAGAGGUGCUGUCCGGUGCAAGCCUGGUACCGGAUCGAAAGGCGCUCGUCCAAUCAGCAGCGUGCAUGAAGCCAGGCGAGGCGGUGCCGCCCGUGCCUCUGGUUCGGUCCGAGGCUGUGAAGCCGCUUCGGGCCAUGGCGGCAUGGAUGGUGGGCAAUGAGUAUGAGGCAGCAUGCCUGCGAGUGUACGAGGAGCAGCGGGCAUCAGCGCUGCUGCGGUGUUUGGAGCGGCUGGGCAGUGCAGCGCUCACGCGCGACGAGGUGGUGGCGCUGCCCUGGAACGACCUCGAGCCCCUCAUGAAGCGCUGGGUCGAGAACCUCAAACUCACGAUGCUGGUGCUCAUCGCAGCGGAGGACGCGGUGUGCACCGACAUCAUCGGGCGGGGCCCCUCCCCUUCCCCCUCGGCGCGCGCGCAGUGCCUGACGAGAGUGGCGGUGCCGGCGCUGAAGCAGCUGCACGCGUUUGGCGACAUCAUCGCCGACAUGCCGCGCGCCCCCGAGCACGUCUUCUCGCUGCUCGAAAUGGUCGAGGCACUGCUCGACCUCCGCCCCGCUGUGGAGAAGCAGUUCCCUGGGGAGGCGGGCGGCGAGGUGCGGCAGCAUCUGGUGGGCAUCUGCUCGGCGCUGUGCCGCACGGUGCGGGGCACCAUCGCUGACUUCCAGCACAUCGAGGGGGGGGAGGAGAGGAAGGGGGAGGAGGACGGGGAGGGGCAUGGGGAGGAGGAUCUGGACUGGAGCCACAGAUCGGAUUCCAGCCAUCGAUCUCACCACGGGGGCGGUGGGUCGCACAAUCGGACGGUGAGCGGCAGCGCGUCGAGCGGGAGGGGCAUACUGGGGGGGCUGCUGCCGAAGAAGGUCAGCAAGGGGCACGAGGAGGGCAAGGGCGAGGCGCGGGGGAAGAGCAAGACGGAGGGCAAGGAGGGUGGGGGGUCGGUGGGGCAGGAGCUGGUUGUGAGGGGCAGUCCGGAUGUGCACCCGCUGACGAGCUACGUGGUGAACUUCAUCCUGCUCUACUUCGACCAGACGCUGUAUCUGGGCACGCUGCUGCUCGUGUACGACGAGGGGGGCGACCACCACGAGGGCGCCGUGCGAGUGGGCGCCGCCACGCGGCACCUGCUGGCGGCGCUGAAGGCGAAUCUGGAGCGCAAGGGCGACGCGUUCCACGAUGAGGCGAUGCGCGCCGUGUUCCUCAUGAACAACUGCGAGUACAUCCAGCGCAAGGUGGAGGAGUGA